UUCUAGCUAUUCAUUGAAGUAGAUUAGAUACAUGUAAUGACUGAGAUGAGCCUUGAAUGUGUAGUAGAUAAGCAGAAGUUACUAGGAAUCAAGGAAGAAAAGUUAGAAAACUGAAAGCGUAUUUACGUGUGUUGCUUGCCAUAUCAAGUUAACAACCUCUUACAAACUAACACAAAAAACAAUAAGAAUACAAAAACACACGGCGAAACAAUAUUUUAUUACUCAGAAGUCGUGGCCAUCUCCUAUAUAAAGCUUAGUUCAUCUUCUUCUCCACGCAACCAUUCACCACCACUUCACUCUUCUAAGCCCAAAUAUUUUAAUGGCACCCUGCAUCUACACGUCCAAUACCCAUCUCUCUCAAGACGAUAAUUCUCGGUUCCGUUACAUGAAUCUCUUCCCUGAUCGGAUUUCACGAGCACCCUUCACGAAAACCUCAAACUCUCUGGACGGUGAUGAUGAAGAUGUCUGGAUUAAGAUGGUUGAAGAAGCUCAAUCCGACGUUGAGCAAGAACCCAUAUUGUCAAGCUACUAUUACUCUUCCGUUACAUCGCAUCGGUCGUUAGACACCGCUUUGGCGAACAUUCUCUCCGUAAAGCUAAGCACUUUGACCUUACCAAGCAGCACCCUCUUCGAAGUCUUCACCAGCGUCUUACAAGAAAGCCCAGAGAUCAUCGGGUCGGCGAAACAAGACCUGUUAGCAGCAAAGGAAAGAGACCCAGCUUGCUUAAGCUACGUCCAAUGCUUCCUAAGCUUCAAAGGCUUCCUCGCUUGCCAAGCUCAUCGCAUCGCUCACAAGCUCUGGACCCAAGACAGAAAGAUCCUCGCUUUACUCAUCCAAAACAGAGUAUCCGAAGCCUACGCCGUCGAUAUUCAUCCCGGAGCUAAGAUUGGGAGAGGGGUUCUGCUUGACCACGCGACGGGGGUGGUGAUCGGAGAGACGGCGGUGGUCGGAGACAACGUUUCGAUUCUCCACGACGUGACGCUGGGAGGGACAGGGAAGCAGUGCGGCGAUAGGCAUCCGAAGAUCGGCGAUGGAGUCUUGAUCGGAGCAGGGAGUUGUAUACUGGGGAAUAUUACGAUCGGAGAGGGAGCUAAGGUUGGAUCGGGGUCGGUGGUGCUUAAGGACGUGCCGCCGCGUACGACGGCUGUCGGAAACCCGGCGAGAUUGAUUGGUGGGAAGGAGAAUCCGAAAAGGGUAGAUAAGAUUCCAGGUUUGACCAUGGACCAGACAUCGUAUUUGACCGAAUGGUCUGAUUAUGUUAUCUAAAAGUGUAAUAAUUGUCCCUUACGCUGCGUUUUCCUGUUACUAAAAUGAAAAAAGCUAAAAGAUUAAUCUCA